CAAUCUGCUUCAUCUUGAUUCUGCAGCAUUCCAAACUGGUAUCCUUGGGGUUCCCUUAACAUUGCUAUGGUGCAGAAGAUUUAAAAUCAGCUGAUGUUCACAAGGAAUAGAGUCACGUGAUGUAUGAAGGGAAACAUAUACACUUCUCUGAGGUUGACAAUAAGCCCUUGUGCUCAUAUAGCCCCAAACUGUGCAAGCAGCGGCGACUCAACGGCUACGCCUUCUGUAUCAGACACGUUCUGGAGGACAAGACUGCUCCCUUCAAGCAAUGUGAAUAUGUGGCCAAAUAUAACAGCCAACGCUGCACCAACCCCAUCCCUAAAUCAGAGGAUCGUAGGUACUGCAACAGCCACUUGCAGGUACUUGGCUUUAUCCCGAAAAAAGAGAGGAAGAAAAAGAAUGAUCCUAUAGAUGAGGUAAAGGUCAGGCACCAGAUGGAUACAAUGGCCUUUAGCCUGACGGUGCCCACGUUGGCCUUGAAGAUGCCCAAUGGACUGGAUGGAAUGUCCCUCUCUCCACCUGGGGCAAGGGUCCCUCUGCACUACCUGGAAACUGAGUUGGAAGACCCAUUUGCUUUCAACGAGGAAGACGACGACCUGAAGAAAGGGGCAACUGUGAGAAAGAAAUUGCAGAGCAAGUUGGCCCAGAAUCGGCAGCGCCAGAGAGAGACAGAGAUUUUAAAAGUUCGACAAGAGCACUUUAGUCCCCUUCCAGCACCUUCACAGCAGCAGCCUCCGCAGCAGCACUCCCAUCUGUCACCUUUAUCCACUUCUUUAAAACCUCCAGCGCCACCGCAGGGUUCAGUCUGCAAGUCACCUCAACCUCAGAACACCAGCCUACCAAUGCAGGGAGUGGCACCCACCACACACACUAUAGCACAAGCAAGGCAGUUGUCUCAUAAGAGGCCUCUGCCCCUCCUGCCAUCCAGUAGGGCUCCCAUCGUGGACCCACCCAGGACUGACCGGGUCCUUAUGAAAGCCACAGCCUUCUCUCCACAUUUCUCUUGUAUAAGUCGACUGCAGAGACUGGUGAAACUGUGCACCCAAAAACAUCAGCUGGACACUGAUCUGUUUCCCCAUUUAGGGUUGGACUGGUCUGAAGAGAGUGGAGAAGAGCUGGAGGACUCAGAGCAGGCCUCGCCAUACCAGGUUGCGUGGUCCCUCCGAGAAACCCUCAGAUACGAAAGACACGUGUCAGAUGAUGAUGAUACGGAGAGCAGGAGCUCCAGGGUGACCCAACUUUGCACUUACUUUCAGCAGAAAUAUAAGCACCUCUGCCGCCUGGAGCGGGCAGAAUCUCGUCAAAAGAAAUGCCGGCAUACGUUUAGGAAAGCUUUGCUGCAGGCGGCCAGUAAAGAACCUGAGUGUACUGGUCAGUUAAUACAAGAAUUGCGGAGAGCUGCAUGCAGUCAAACCAGCAUAAGCCAGACCAAGUUGAGGGAGGUGGAACCAGCAGCAUGCAGUGGCACGGUGAAGGGUGAACAGUGCACUAACAGAGCCCUUCCAUUCACCAGACAUUGUUUCCAGCAUAUCCUCUUGAACCGCUCUCAGCAGCUCUUCUCAAGUUGCACAGCCAAGUUUGCAGAUGGACAGCAGUGCUCUGUGCCAGUUUUUGACAUUACACAUCAGACACCUCUGUGUGAAGAACAUGCCAAAAAAAUGGAUAAUUUCUUGAGAGGUGAUAACUCCCGUAAAGUUCAGCACCAGCAGCAGAGGAAACCCAGGAAAAAAACCAAGCCUCCUGCACUUACCAAAAAACACAAGAAGAAGAGAAGGCGUGGACCUCGUCGACCCCAAAAACCCAUCCCCCCUGCAGUCCCCCAAGGGAACCUCAGCAUGCCCAGCAGCGUCUCACUGCCAGUGGAGGCCUCUCAGAUCCGGAGCCCAUCCACGCCAGAGCUGAGUGCUGAUGAGUUGCCAGAUGACAUUGCCAAUGAGAUCACUGACAUUCCACAUGACUUGGAAUUGAACCAGGAGGACUUUUCAGAUGUCUUGCCACGGCUACCUGAUGACUUACAAGAUUUUGAUUUUUUUGAAGGAAAGAAUGGAGACCUCCUCCCAACUACCGAAGAGGCCGAGGAACUUGAACGGGCCUUGCAGGCUGUAACUUCUCUCGAGUGCCUGAGUACCAUUGGAGUACUUACCCAGUCAGAUGGUGUGCCAGUCCAGGAGUUGUCAGACAGAGGAAUAGGGGUGUUCUCCACAGGUACUGGAGCUUCAGGAAUCCAGUCCUUGAGCCGAGAAGUAAACACGGAUCUAGGGGAGCUAUUGAAUGGGCGUAUAGUACAUGAUAAUUUUUCUAGUCUAGAGCUGGACGAGAACCUGCUCCGUUCUGCUACCUUGUCUAACCCACCUACACCCCUGGCAGGGCAGAUCCAGGGGCAGUUCUCUGCCCCAGCCAACGCUGGCCUUACUUCUGCCACUCUGAUCAGCCAGAGUGCACUUGGGGAGAGAGCCUUCCCAGGACAGUUUCAUGGACUUCAUGAUGGCAGCCAUGCCUCCCAGAGGCCACAUCCUGCCCAGCUGCUGAGCAAGGCAGAUGACCUAAUCACCUCACGACAGCAAUACAGCAGUGAUCAUUCACACUCCUCGCCCCAUGGAAGCCAUUAUGAUAGUGAGCACGUGCCGUCUCCCUACAGUGACCAUAUCACCUCUCCCCACACAUCGUACUCUGGUGAUAAUAUGGCAGCUACCUUCUCAGCAGAGAUGCCCAUCAUGGCACAGCACUUGCUCCCAACCCAACUUGAGGUGCCACUUGGAGGAGUGGUAAACCCCAGAACUCACUGGGCUAGUCUCCCUGUCAACCUUGGAGAUCCCUCUCCAUUUAGCAACCUUCUUGGCGCAGAUGGACAUCUUCUUUCCACUUCCCUAUCCACGCCACCCACCACUUCGAACUCAGAGACCACACAGCCUGCCUUCGCCACCGUGACCCCCAGCAGCUCCAGUGUGCUUCCGGGGUUGCCGCAGACCAGCUUCAGUGGCAUGGGACCUUCUGCUGAACUAAUGGCCUCCACUUCUCCCAAGCAGCAACUCCCUCAGUUCAGCGCAGCCUUUGGCCACCAGCUGAGUUCUCACAGUGGCAUUCCUAAGGACCUGCAGCCCAGCCACAGCUCUAUAGCCCCUCCUACAGGCUUCACAGUAACAGGUGCCACGGCUACAAGUACCAAUAAUGCAUCUUCUCCCUUUCCCUCUCCUAACUGAACAUGUCCGUGUGUUUGCAGGCAGGUGGGAACCCGGUGUUUUCUAUCUUUGUUUCCUCUUUAGCACCCCUCUCCCCUUUUCCUAAAGAAGAUUUAAAAAAUAACAGACGGGGAGGAGAGGGACACCCCCUUCCCAGUUCAGCAAGUGGCCCUGCAGUGGACCAUACUUCAGUGUUCACGUGUGCUCCUCAGCACUGGUGCUCAUUCCCUCCUGGCAGGUCCACUCAGCCCCAGUGGUUUCCUUAG